AUGCAAUUCGAGUGGUUAUAUUACGUGGACCUCCCAGUUCCCUUACUCGUUGCCUCCAUUUUUCGGGUUUUUAUGAGCUCGUUAGGCGGCAUUAUGAUCGAACGCGCCGUGGCCACAUACAAAGCACAUGUUUAUGAGCGGGUUCACUACGAACGAUUCUUCAAGGCACAAAUUUUUUAUUGCCUCGUUGCCGGGAUACUGGGAUCAAUUGGAUACCUUUAUAAUAUCCUGACCCCUGUUUUCGCGGCCGCCUAUAGUAUCCCAUCGACAAUGACCAUUUGUGUGGCCACGCUUUGCAUCAUCAAGCAAAACCGGAAACAACUCCGCGCGCUCCCCACACCCGGUUACACGUUGAGCAAAAAGUAUCAACUUACGGAGAAUGAGAAGGCAUUAAAGGCAAUAAGCAUGAUGAUUUGGUUCGCCGCCAUUAAUAAUGUGAUCGCUGGGGGCUUCUUUAUCUUUAAUCGCAGCGAUGCGCCGUGGUUUUGGCGGAAUAUCGUGGGUGUGAUAAUGUCCAUCCAACAUGCGAAGUAUUCGCUCACGCUAGCGAUCUUGCUCCAUAUUUCUAAUCGGCAGAUUUUUGAUGAUUCGGUGAAGGUUCUGAGGAAAAAGUGGAAGCAGCUCAGCCCAACAAUUCGAGUCGUGAAGUACAACCUCGAGACGCCGGGCUCCUUUAUUGGGAGAAUUUUGGGGACCAGUGGACAGGACCUCUAUCUUGGGGCGAAGCAAGAAGACUACUUCACGCAACUCGACAAACAAUGGGAUCCGCAGCUCGUUAGGUCA